GUCAGUUACACAAGCAAUAUGGAUUUUCACUUCCGGGUUACUAACAAAAACAAAUCUUGUCGCAUUCGUUGAAAAUAACUGUAAUUCUGGAAAAUGUGUUUGGUUUUAGGUGCAACAGGAGUUGGCAAAACCUUGCUUGUGAAAAGACUAGAAAAUUCUACAGAUGCCAUUAAAAAGGGACCGGAUUUCAGCUUUGAGGACAUGCCAGCCACAAUAGCUACUGUUGGAACAAAUCUUGUGGCAGUAUCAGUCAGUCGUAGACAAGAGAUCACUAUGAGAGAACUAGGUGGAUGUAUGGGUCCAAUAUGGAAGAACUACUUCAAAGAAGCUGUAGCACUUAUGUAUGUGAUUGACUUAUCCAACAGGCUACAGGUAGCAGCAUCAUGUAUACAACUUCUCACAGUGUUGACGGCAAAGACUUUAUCUCCAACAGUUCCAGUACUCAUUGUCUUCAAUAAAAUGGACAUGCCAGACAAACUAACACAUGGUGAAAUUGAGACAUUAUUUCGACUGAGUGACAUUAAAAGUCAGUGCGGAAGAUCAUUUGAGCAAGUAGAAGUCAGUGCAUGUACCGGACAGGGACUUUCUCAAAUUGUUAAGUGGAUGGAACAAAAUUGUUUUGGAAAAUGAAAUCACAAAGUUGUGCAAUAGAAAUACCUUGAAGUCAUUAGUAUUUGUGGGGGACUAAUUUUCAUGGAUUUCUUGGUGGUGUCAAGCCACUAAAUCUAAUCCUAACAAAGAAAUAAAGUUCCCAUAUUUGUUUCAUAUUCAGAGGAUGAAAUCCACAAAUUCAUAACCCCACGAAAUAGGUAUAGGUUGCUAAUUCCUAAUCACUUGCCUCUCCCAGCUGUACUGUGGGUUUGGAACCUUGCUCAGGGUGUAGAGUUUUCAUGCGAGGAAGCCACCCAGUUGACUAAUUGAAGGUCCGUGUUUCAACACGUGUUCAGGUGCCUGCUGUGCCUGAAAUAAUAUCGAAAUAAUACCUCCAUCACGUAAACUUCUGUUGGUGUGACUUUAAAACCAACAAAAAAUCAGCAAGAAUCUCAAAAGAUCGGUAGACUAUUGAUUGAGAGUAAACACACCUGGCAAGACUGACUUUCUCCGUGGUGAUUUGACAUAAAACAAUAUGUCUGUUCAUUUUUCCUCGACCCUCAUUUGUAUUGGAAAGUUGUUGGUUAGUUUGGGAGAAAUGAUAUUAUUAUGUUACACAGUCUAGGAACACUUGGUAGGUUAAUUGACUGCAUAACUUAAAUACUGUUGAAAAUGCCUUGAAACCCAUAUUAAACAAGACGAGAAUCUCAAGUUUACUAGUUAAAGGUAUUAUAUUGUUACUGUUAAAUCAUUAAUUUUCAUGGUAGACUUAAUUUCAUGCAUUUCAUUGUUGCCUCAAUCAACAAAACUUGAAUCCAAAGAACAAACAAUUUAUAUUUAUUUAUUAAUCAAAAGUAUAAAUCCAUGAAUUCAUAUCCCUUGAAAUAGCUAUUUUUGUUCAAAACCAUUAAAUAUAAGAAAUAAUAAAUCAGUUCCUAUAUUUUAUCAGUUAAUGAAAUAUUGGCAGGAGUUAGGAGGCGUAAUAAUUAAAUCACGAGUGUGUAGCACGAGUGAUUUAAUUAUUGGCCUCUGAACAACUGCCCAAUUUUAUUAACUUAUAAAAUUAUUGAAACAUAUUUAGAUCUAUUAUUUCAAUUUAAACAACGCAAAUAAUUCGCAUUUUACAGUACUACGUUUUCAGUGUAAUACCUCAUUCGGGUCAAAUGCUGUUACAUUUUACCCCCAUGGUUAGAAAGUGUUGCAUAGCCAACGGAACGUUUAGAUAUUUAUUUAAAAAAUUUUUCUUUUUUUAUCAGAAUUUGAGAAGUAUUUAGUAACCUAACAGCUCGCAAACUAUUUAUGAAUAGAAUCAUCACAUUUUGUUACUUGAUCCAGUGUUACGAGCUUAACUUUUGUGUGACAUCAAAUCAUUAUGACAUCGUACUUUAUAUCAUACUAUUACGACAUCACUGCUGAAUCAUAACUGAGGUAUUUCCGCUCGUAGAGAUCAAAAUGUGUUUUACGGCCCUGCACAUAAGUCAGUAUGACUUUUUAUCAUAAUUAUGUUUUUGAAAUGUUGUUAACAACCGUUUGGCCCUGGAAUAUUUCAUAUUUAAUGGAACAGAAGUAGAAUCUCUUGUGUUACAAUCAUAGGGGGUAAUAUGUAUCAGCCAAAUCAUAUUUCAUCAAAGAUUCAAUCAUAUAUAGGCUGUUUACUAUAUCUUUAUGUAGCAAUUAAUGCGAGUCGUGUUAGAAUUUAUGAAAAUAAAUAAUUUAACAGUAUAUUUAAUCAUAUAGUAUAAAAGUAAUUGGUCUUCCUGUAAGUUUAGUUAAUCAGUAUUCAUGAUAGUUAACCAAAGAAAUGUGAAUACUAAUUUGCACUAGGUAACCAAAUAGAUGUUAAUUUAUUGUGUAGUUGAUCAGAAAUUAAAUAGAAGUUAGUGUUUUAUAACUGACACUCAAAGUGUGGUUAAAAUGUAGUUGGAUCAUGCUGUUUGCAUUGAAUUAAUAUUGUGUAAAACACAUCUUUAAACUGUUAUAAAAUGACUUGCCCUUUGCUUAUUUAAGAAUGAAGAUAAUCUAUUAGUAUCUUCAUUAGGUAGAUCUUCAUUAAGUUGUGUUAAAAAAAAUUAACUUUUCACUUACAGUGGCAUGUGCAAUAUUUGACAACACUUUACAUGAAAGAGCUUGGUGAAACAUUAAAAAAGGCAAAAAAAUGAAAAAGAAGAUAUAACCAUUUGAAUACUACCAAUGUAAUGAAAUAGUAGCUAUUUUGGGCACAGUGACAUCAUCAUUCUUUCCUGAUAAUAUAGACAAUACUAUAUUGAACAUAAGUUCUACAUUUAGUUGUAUUAAACAUAAUUUUGCAAAUAAGUACCAUGUCUAUCAAUGCCUAUAUAAUAUAAGUAUAACAUACCAGUAAUUGUGCACAGAAACGCUGCAGUCUUAUAACAAUUGAUAAUAUGUAAAUUGCGAUAUCAUUUUUUGAGUCGGCUAAAGGCUGAAAGCCUUUUGACGAGUCGUUGAUAUCCAACGAUUCUCUAAAUGGACCAAAUAACACAGUGAAGGGAUGUAGUUCCAUUAGAUUUCUCAAACUUCAAACAGUUCACUGCAUGAAUGAAGUUAAGUUGUGUCAAUUCCCUUUGCUAUGACCAAUAUACGAUGUAAUCUGUCAUAUUUAUGACUUGUAAUUGUGCAAUACUCGAAUGUAACUCAUUAAGCAUAAAUGUGCAUUUUAAGAAUUGCGCAGGCUUACAAAGCUUGGGUAACAUCCAGCGAAAGACAAAAAAUAGUUCCACAGGGCUCCAGAUAAGAUGCGUAUUAGCGUAAAUUACGUAUAGAAAUAAUGCAAAUACGCAUGUCUAAUAAUUUCUAAGCGUAUAAAAACGUAUAUAAAAUUACAGAAACGCACACAAUGCUUUUUUUAAAACAAAAUCUGAAUCGUCUGGAUGCGUUAGGUAACAUAGCCGAUCAGCCUUAAUUCUCCCACAUUUAACGUACACACGCAUCGUAUGAUUUCUAUAAACUUUGCGUGGGUUGAAUUUUGCAGUCAGUAAACGGAUAAAUUAUCGGAAGAAGAAGUUCUUACUGGUUUGUUUAGUUACUACUGAUAUUAAAAAUGAUUUUAAUUCUUAUUUUUCGAGAAAUAAGCAAAUCGGCGAAACAUUAAAUUGUAUUUCCUUGUAGUUUUUGAAAUCGAAAGUAGAUCGUCUAUGUUUGGCUGCUUUCACGAAACGAAACAACUUUUUUAUGAAAAGAUUUAAAUAAGAGGUAAUUUAACCAUAAACUUCAAUGUCAGAUACUGCCAAUUGCUGCUAAAUGUCUUUGUAUCAUCACAAUUUGUAAAAUAUAUUGUUCAAACUGGAGAAAAGUGUAAUCCUAUCCGGAUAUAAUAUUUUGGGUAAAUAUCGAGCUGUGUUAUGAAAUUUAAAAAAAAAAAAUUAAAAACAAACUGAAACUGGUAGACUAUACUGUCAGUACAUCAAUCAUUAGCCGACUCAGGCCAUUCAGGCCUUUGAUGUUUGUUAUCCGAUUUUCGUAAUGUUUUUGCCUGUUUUAACAUUCAGUCUGUCUCUUUCUACAAGAGAGAUUGUCAAAUGUUGCAUACUCUCCUUUGAUUUCAUUUUCCUUUCUGUCUCUAUACCUUCUAUAUUUAUGCAUUAAAAUAAGUAUAUUAUAAGUAAGCUUUUAGCUACUCUCUUUAGCUCUUGAUAAUUUCAUGUGUUUACAUAUUUGAAAAAAAUAUUGUUUUCAAACUAAGCUGAUAAGUGUGCACUUUGUAAUUUUACUAUUGUGGUGAGAUUAACCCUUACCAUGCUGGACCCAAUUGAUUCUGCCUUUGUGACCAGUGUAGAUCAUGAUUAGCCUGCACAUCCAUGCAGUCUGAUCAAGAUCUGCACUGUUUGCUGUUCAGCCAGUAUCUUUUUGGUAAGCACCCCUUUUAACAGUUAAUGGUACUGUCCACUGUGUCCAGAUUGAAAAAUGGACAAAUACAUUAUAGAAAUUUAGCAAGGUAAGGGUUAAAACAAACUUUAGCAUAGAAAGUGUGAUAACGGACCAUUCCAAUGUCUUCACUGAAAGUUCUGUUAUAUAUAGUCGGUUAUUCUCAAUUUAAUAAAUGAAAACUUCCACACUAAAACACUAAUACAUUUCAAGACUUUAUAUAUCUUAGUCCUGCUAGGUCUGUUGCAUUUGAAGUGAUGUCCUUGUAUUUCAUUGACAUGCUGUUUUUGGUUCAAUGUGAAUGUAUAUGACAUGUGACCUUGUAUGUAGUUAUUGACUAGCAGUUUAAAUGGUUUUAUAGAAAUAUGACUGAUUCUGUAGAAUUUAUAACUUGUGACCUUGCAUGCAUUUUGUUUAUGUAUAGAGAUUCUAUAUUAAAAUCUGUUCUUUAAAUUA